AUGACUGUUGAAGUUAAGGAUGUUGACAGGAUAACUGUGUCUGGCAGACUAUUCCACAAAGCAAUCACUCAGACUGAGAAGUAUCGCCUACGUAUUUCUGUGCUGCUGUGGGGCAGAAAUAUUCUGUGUGAACUACCACGGGUCCUAGAGGAUGUCUGGAGGGAAACCAGACAACCAGCCAAACCCUGCAGCGGCAACACUGCACAACACAGUGAACACCUUGUGUCCCGCGGCACGAACCUGUGGCUGGGGACUGUCCUGGCCCCUGGGGCUCCAGUGGACGGCAACGCUUCCCGCUGUGCUGAAGGUGCUGCCCUCAGCGGGCCAGCCUGGCGGGUGCUGGGCCAGCAGGGCACGGCAGGGCAGUCGUGGGUGGCGGGCGGGGUCAGCCGUGGGUGUCAGGUGUCAGCUGGGCCUGGCCACGUGAGGCACGUCAGCUGGCCCUGGCACCUGGCAGGCGAAAUUCGUGGGAUCUCUGGCUCGGAGAUAUGUUGUAGUGACAGCAAGGCACCACCACCACAGGGCCACAGGCACCCUGGCACGGCACCCCCAGGCCUUGGCACCACCCAGGCCCCCACACCCGAGACAGCCAUGCCGCCGCGAAGACAGCAACAGAGUAAAAAGAAGCCCCCCGGCAAGCCAGGUGUUCCCACAAACACGUCAGCAGUCGAGGAUGGCACGGAGGCAGCGGACAGAUUCAGGGUUGAGCUGCAGUGGUGUGUGCAGCAGCUUGAAGCGUCCAUGAAAAAGGCAUCCCUCAAAGAAAGAGAAGACAUGGCCAAAGCACAUCGGACCCUGACGAGCAGCAAGGCACAACACAUCAAGAAGAGGCAAGUGAUGAGCUCGCUGUUUGGUGAUUACCGGAGCAAGAUGGCACAAGAGGAGUCAAAAAUUAAAAUGGAGACGCCGAAGAUGAAGAAGAGUUCUGCCCUUCCAAGUGAGUCUGUGUUCUUCAGAAAGUCGACCGUUCAUUCCCCGGACAUCAUCACUGAACCUUCAACAAAUUCCAAAGAGCCAGCUGUGAGCCAGGAACCAGAAGUCACAACCUCAGACUCAUCUGGUAGUGGGAGCACUUCUGGAGCUCUUGUUAAGGAGGUGAAUGCCGGUGGUGGUGAGGAAGCAAACUUUACUGGGAGUGGUGCAAAAAGUUUAUCCCCUGAGAGUUUAGGUGGGCCAAAGAAAGUAGUGACACCAUUCAAAGCAGCUCAAUCUGGGAGCACGUUUAAGUUUAAUUUUUCCGUGCUGUGACUGUUGCAUUUGCUAUACACUCGUUUCGUCAAGCAUCCCGAGUGUUGCAUCUAUUGUAUAUACUCAUAUUAGUAAGUCAAGUUUUUGUUACAAUUUUUUGAAGUCUAGUUUAGGAGGUUGACUUUACAUGGAUACUACUUCUCUGGAGGGUUACCACUACUACUAUUACUACUUUUAUUACUACUACUAUAC